UGCAGUUUCAAAACUCUCACUCAGUCACUGAUUUUGCCAAAAAAUAUUUAAUUUCCGAUCGCAGAAACAAAAAUAUCAUGAGAUUGUAUAAUUGAUGGUCUCGCAGAUUACAAAGCUGGGACAUUACACAUCCCAGUUCCCUAAAACAGCUGCAUUUAACUAGACAGUACCUCUGGAAAACAAGCAACUUACAAAUUAGAUUAUUGGAAAUGAUGGGAGGUGAGGCUGUGCAGUCAUUGUGGUUUGACUACAACAUGAGUAAUGUUAACUUUUGGUUUUACUGAAAUAUAUAAAUACUGAACAAAACAAAGGCUUCACAGUGCAAAGAAAAGGAAGUGACCUUCAUCGCAGCAGAAAGGCACCUCCUGGCAUAAUGAAGAUCAUUCUCUUCAUCCUCAGCUCAUUGCAAAUUCUCUGCUGCUCUGGACAGCCAUGUGGAAAUUGUACUUUUCCCGUGAUUGAUGAGGCAUUGAUUGCUUCAGUCAGAAAAUUGAAUGAUAUUUCUUCAAUUGAUAAUCUUUUUGCCAUGGUCAAGGGCGAAGUAAAAGAUAUUGUUUCUGUGGGAGAACGCAUGUUUUUUGUAGAUUUAGCGCUUGAUGUCCAAGAAACUGUGUGUCCCAAAGACAGUGGAUUAGACUGGGCUGACUGUGCACUGAAACCCUUAGCAACUGCUGAAACAGCUAACUGUACAAGCCGAGUGACAUUUGACAUCGAUGUGGUGGUGAAUGUGGAGGUACAGUGCACAGAGAUGGAUUGGAUUACACCCAAGCCACGUCCAAUCCCGGAUUCUGAAUCAUCAUCAGAAAGCAAUGAGUCAUCAGAUGAAAGCAGCAGUGAGGAUGGUUGCAAUAACAGAAGACGGAAUAUGCUCAGAAAGCGAGGAAAAGACAAGAGGAAUGGCAAAAAUGGGAACUGCAGGAAAGGAAAGAAGAGAUUCAAUUUAAGAAAAUUGAAGAGUGGAUGAAGAUAUGGAGGGAAAGAAAGUAAACAAGAAAAUUCCACAAUGUUUGCAGCAUUUUCACUUGUAAAGCAUUGUAUUUAAUAUUUAAUUAAAAUGAUAUAGAUCACUAUUUAGUUGGUUGUAUUUUGUAUGUUCAUGUGAUUCAUGUUUAUGUUCACAAUGUACUAACCAACUAAAUUAUGUGAUA